CACUUGUGAAACAUCUCCAUCGACACACCACUAUAAUGACCAUACACGCACAUACAAUAGCAAAGAGAAGGCCUGACACCAGCCCUGCCGCCAGCUUUUGUUGAAUGGAUUCACUGGGAAUGGUUGGGGAAGGGGUAGUAUUACUGGUUGAAGAGGGGCCUGAAUUGAAAAAAGUGGGUAAGGAAGCUGAAGUUGUCAAGGUUUUGGAGAUUUUUGCACACACUAACUCCAUUGGGCGAGGGGACCAUGAUGAGUUGAGACAUUGAGAUGACAUCGUCUCAUUAGGAGUGUAUCCAUCAUGACAGUGGAACUGGAUCUCUGCUCCCUCCUCUGUACUCCUGUACUCCUCAAUACUACCA